GAAUUUGUAAACUCCGCCUAGUGGCAGUCGCUAGCUUGGUUGUGUCGGCGGGCUUUAGCGGUAAAGGAACAUUUAAAAAACUGAAAAUGUCAAGUAGUGACUUCUAUUUGAGAUAUUAUGUUGGACACAAAGGAAAGUUUGGACACGAGUUCCUGGAGUUUGAGUUCAGACCUGAUGGUAAACUCAGAUAUGCAAACAACAGCAACUACAAGAAUGACGUCAUGAUCAGAAAGGAGGCAUAUGUGCACAAGAGUGUGAUGGAAGAGCUGAAGAGAAUCAUUGACGACAGCGAGAUCACAAAAGAAGACGACGCACUGUGGCCGCCUCCAGACCGAGUGGGCAGACAGGAGCUGGAGAUUGUCAUCGGGGAUGAGCACAUUUCCUUUACAACUUCCAAAAUUGGUUCUUUGAUUGACGUCAAUCAGUCCAAGGAUCCUGAGGGUCUGCGUGUGUUUUAUUACCUGGUGCAGGACCUCAAAUGUCUCGUCUUCAGUCUCAUCGGUCUACACUUCAAGAUCAAGCCAAUCUAAACUUUUAAGUGCUUUAGCUGAUGUUUUUGUUGUACCACCGCAUUUGUACAUUUGCUCGCUUGUUGAUUUUUGGUUUACAUUUUAAUUAAAGUUUGGGAAUACAA